AUGCCUGGCAUUUUCAGCAUCCUCUGCAUCAACUUGUUCUUUGCUGAGCUUCAUAAUGUCAUCAAGGAACCUCUGCUCAAGACCUUCAAAUGUCUGGAUUACGUUAUUAUCAUCAUAGCCUAUAUCCAUAUCCUCCUCCUGAGAUUGAUCUCUAGGAUCCCCGCCACUUUGUCUCUCCAUUGGCAUCCGAGGAUCCAACCUCUGAGUUUGCAAUCUAAAUGGAAAAGUCAAGGCUCCAAGGAGGUAUCAUUCACAUAUCUUCUUAGCAACCGAACAUUAUGGCUUGUUUUUGGGAGUCAGAAAACUAGGUCAAUUGACGGCCGAGUUUCAGGUGGUAGAGAAAGGCGCGGUGGGCGACAUAGCCGUUUGUGGCAAUUUAUCCUGCGCGCCAUCUCUCUCCCACAGCCAUUGAUUGUUAUGCUGCGAGCCUCCUUCCUUUUCGCCGAGGAUUUGCUGUUCCUGGGGGCGUCCAUGGUAAUAGCUGGACUUGCUGCUGGGGUGCUGCUGGUGCAUUUGAGCGGCGGAACCGCCGUACCCGCGGUGACCACCGCCGUCCCCGCGGCCGCUGUCCGAAUCACCCCCGUAGUGGCCCCCUUGCCUUCUCAUCUUUUCCGUUUUUCUGCUUUUGAAAUAAUUCCUAACACAAAAUUGGAAGUGCGGAAGAUAGAAGGACAACCUCGAGACCCUAAGGUUGAGGAAAACCUCGAGACCCUUCGAGGCCGAGGGCGACCUCGAGAUCCUCUAAGGCCGAGGGCGACCUCGAGAUCAUUCGGGACCGAGUAG